CCACAAUAAAACAAACAAGACAGCAAGCAGGUACAUUACAUACGGCUACUUUUUACGCAUUACCGUAACCGGAUCCGUGGCAUGGUCGCCUUUUCGGCCGUAAAGACAAACACAAAGGAUAUAAAAACAUUCUCAAUUUGUUCCCGUUUUGAUCUCUUCCACCAUCACACACUCUUCCAUCAUGGCUGCUACCACUCUUCCAAAAACAUACAAAUCAUGGGUAUUGAACGAAUACGCCAAAGGGCCGAUCAACUCCAACACAUUCAAACUCAAAGAUGUUCCAAUGCCAGAUGUGAACGCAUUACCGGUAAAUCAUAUCCUCAUUCGCGUUCAACGAAUCGCAAUGGAACCUUCAAUGCGUCCUUCAAUUUCAGAAGGUAAAUCUUAUCGUGAACCACAACCAUUAAAUGAACCAAUGUGGGCUUUUGGAAUUGGUGAAGUUGUUGGAUCUUCAACUGAUAAAUUUAAAAUCGGUCAACAAGUUGCUUCAAUGGUUAACUUUCAAGAAUAUGCUUUGAUUGAUAUCACUAAUCCUGCUAUUCGUACUUUCCCUGUCGAUCCUCGUGUUGGCUUGGAAUACCUUUCUGGCUUAGGCGCUCCUGGUCGUGCUGCUUACUGGGGUUUGAUCGAAGUGGCUCGUGUUAAAGAAGGUGAUGUAGUCUUGGUCAGUGCAGCUGCAGGUGCAACAGGUUCAGUUGUUAUUCAAUUAGCCAAAGCAAAAGGUGCAAAACAAAUCAUCGGUAUCGCAAGCAAGUCCAAACAACAAUUCGUCUUGGAUCAAGGUGCAGACGCUUGUUUGGAUUACAGUGCACCCGAUUUCGCUGAACAACUCAAAAAAGUAACAAAAGAACAAGUUUCAGUAUACUUUGACAAUACAGCAGGCGCAAUCACUGAUGCCGCUUUAGCAUGCAUGGCUCCUCAUGGUCGUGUUGCCGUUUGCGGUGCAAUUGCUGAUUAUCAAAAGAUUGGCGGUAAAGAAGGCGGUCAUUACGGUAUCACAAAUUGGCGUUACAUUCUCACAAUGCGUCUUCGUGUUGAAGCAUUUGUCAUUCCGGAUUGCACGCCUGAAGAACAUCAACGUACAACCGAUCAAUUGGUUGGCUAUAUCUCUCAAGGUAAAGUUAAAACUCAAAUUUACACUUUCCCUAAACAAGGUGUAGACCAUUGCGUUGAAGCUUUGGAGGGUCUUUUCACCGGUUUGAACACCGGUAAGAUGACCAUCAAGAUUGCCGAUUAAAGAAGAGGCAUUUGUAGUGAAUCUAAAAUUUUGUACCAUUGUGAAAUAAAUAUUGACUUGUAUCUAGC